GAGUUUUCAGAUGGUCGUAGUGUUGCUCACGCGGGAAACAAUCUUUUAAUCUGGAUCAGUACGAUUAAACAACUUCGAUUGUCAACAUGUAUACGAAGCAUUUUCCGGCGCUGUUCUCCGCCCUGCUGUUGGGGAUGCUGGGCAGCGUAACGUCUGCGCCAUCCGGCGGUGAUUUUGUCUUUCCCGAGCUGAACGAACUGGCCAUUGGUGAUCGGUGUACGAUCCCGCCUCCUCCAGGGGCGAAAGGAAUUCCAAAUGCUAGGGAAGGUAUCUGCCAGCGCGUGCGCGACUGCACAACGUUUAUUCCGCGCAUUAUUCUGGAACCGUUUGAUAUCCGGCGCGACAUUUGCUAUUUCGAGGUGCACGAUCCGGUUGUGUGUUGUGUAGAAUUUCCUAUACCCGUUCAACUUAAUCUCUUCAACAAAAAACGCUACACGGUGGAAGAUUUAGAUGAUAGUAAUCUAAUUCAUUAGCCAGAUAUAGCCAGUGGCAGUCCGACGAUGGGCGAGAGUAGAGAAAAAUAUUAAUAUGUAUUACGAAUAAAUACGAUUGUUUUAAACACGUUUAACACGUUUAACACUGGGGUUUUUUUUACUGGGGGCCAGACUUUAUUGCUUAAAGUGCAGUGUUGUAUGAAAUAAGAUGUGCUGUAAAAGUGUAUCUAGUGUCAGUUUCUGAAAACUGAUCGAUACGAUCGAGUUUCUAGGCAACAAAUAAAAAUUAGAAAUGUUGAUAACGAAUUUGAAACAGUUGAUUUUAUAUUGCAUUACCACUCAUCUUAGAUAAGUUAAUUAAUUUUUUUUAAAUUGAGAACACAUUGUACAUUUUGCAAUAAGAGUAACAUUACUGACAACAUAGCAUAAGUUCUUUGUUCGAUCUUUUCUUGGAUCGUAGAAUUCUAGCCAGGAAUAUUACUGGUUUAAUAUGCAGGAAUAUUACUGAUUUAAUAUGUCAAUACUUACUGCAUGAUUUGAGGCCGUUGGUUACGUCAAAUACUAAGAAAAGAAAAGUUACAGGCGAUAAUUCGCAUCGAUCGCGAUUGUCUUAUCACUAGAACUUCUGCUCAUUUACCAUUUAGUCGUGUACUGUGAUUGAUACGUAGCGGAACGUCCUUUUACCAGCUCCGUACGAUUGUUUAGCUUCGUAGUGUUUGGUUUAUUGAACAUUUUAACAAUACACAAUCGUAAAAUGCAGCUCGCAAUGUUUACGUCUUUGUGUCUGGUGCUGAUCAUUUCUGCGGUGUCCACCAACGUUAUUCCGAACGAUGCAUCUGAGACUACUCAAUCGUUGAAAACGGUCGAAAAUACUCAAAGUGUUAAUGUCGUUCCAAAGGACGUGUCCCAGAUUUCGCAAUCCUCGAAAACGGUCGAAAACGGUCGCAGAAUCUCAAGCUUCGUUCCGAAGAGCGAAUCCGAGAAGAUACAUUUCAAGAAUACAGACGAAAUCCUCCUAGGAAAUCGCUGCCAGUUAGAUGGAUUCAAGGGCGUCUGUACGAUAAUGGGUGAAUGUCCGGAAUACCUCAAUGAACGGGAAUCCAAAGCGGAAAAUGAUCUUUGCCAGGACGAACGUCAAAACAUGGUCAUAUGUUGUAGCAUAUCCUCGUCGGAGGGAAGCUCUACGGAUGCGACUGAGAUUGAAUAGGAGACACGGUUAAAAAGGUUUGCGAUAAGACGAAAGAAGCAGCGAGAGAGAGAGAGAAAACGCAUAUUUGGAAAAUGUUUCAUGUUAAUGUGUUUAUGGACGGUUUCAAUAAACAAAACAUACCAUUGAA